AUGCAGGAUACAUCAUUAUCGCCGCGUCUUCGGCAUCUCCUAAUUCAAGAGGAUAGAUCAACAGGUCGACUGAUCAUGCCUACAAGAAGCGAUAUACGUUCAUCCAUAUCAUUAAAUGAUGGACCAUCACCUUCGCCAGGAGUAGGAGCAGGAGCAGGAGUAGGAAUAGGAUUUGGGAAUGGUACUCCAGUUCAGACUUAUAAUCAGUUAUCACCAUCUUCCAGAAACUCUUCACCUGCAAUAUCACCUACUUCUUUGGCUUUCGAUACCUCACCAAAUGAUACCAAAUGUCCGCUCCCUGUGGAUGGCAGCCAACAUAGACUGGCAUUACCUUCACCCGUCUCGUCUAAUCGACGACCCAGUAGCAUUUUCUCAUUACUUAAUGGGUUAACUGUAGGUGGAUCACCGCCUUCUUCAGCAUCGUCGAUCGGAAGUGGAAAUGGUAAUGUCAAUGGCAACGGUAACGGCACUGGACCAUCACGUGAAGUUCGAAGAGACGAUGACCUCAAACCCAAAAUCGACUUAUCAUCUUCAUGGUCAUCUUCUUCCUCUCCCUAUACAUCUACAAGACGUACAUCAAUAGUACCGAUAGAACCAAUCAACGAGUAUUACCCUGCACCCUACACCGCUCCAAUCGUAACACAUCGCCAAUCGAUGUAUUUCGAUUCGAGACCUAAUCAACAGCAGCUACAGCAACACAUUUACCCACAGGGACAGCCGAGUUUCUCUGCAAGUGACAGACCGGGAUUACUACGUCGACAUUCAUCUCAUCCUUACGAAUAUACUUCUUCUUCAUCUACCACUAGACCAACCACGGCAUAUGCGACUGGACCAAUCCAUGAAGCUGAUUAUGCGGGGAUGGGCGCAAGAGCACCGAUAUCAAGAACGACAAAGGCUUGUAAUGCCUGCAGGAAUAGGAAGGUCAGAUGUGAUGCCGGUGGAGGAGAUAUGGGUCCCUGUUCGAGAUGUGUAGAAAGUGGGACGACGUGUGUGUAUACAGGUGCUCAGAAGAAAAGAGGUCCUUGCCCUGGAACCGCAAGGCAAUCAAUCAGUAAACCCCGUCGCCCAUCUACCCAAUCACAAAUUUCCUCUCAUCGAUCUUCCGUCGCUUCUGUCCAGAGCUAUGUCGUUACGCCCACGGACGAACAAGCCCCUUGGUCUAGGAGUUCAUACGGUUUCCCACCUGUACCUCCUACCUUCAACCAACAGCAACAACAACAACCAGACCCAUCAGAAUGGUCAUCCAUCGCUCCUGGUAAAGGUAGACCGUCAACUUCCACUUCUGCUUCUACAUCCUCCAUCGCUCCUACACGAGCUUCUAAUGGGAAUGGGAUCCCUCUUCCGAAUGGAACGACUGUCCUUUCCUGGUCAAAUAUUUCCGAAACUGGUAUGGAUAUAAAUCAUAAUGGAAUGGGGAUGUUUGAUCGAGACUAUGCCUUGGGACCUAGAAAUUCAAUACAUCGACACAAACUUUCUAUCGAUGCUCCUCCUCCCCAUCAUCACCAGAAUAUGAUGAACGAUAAUGCACCCAGGGCAUUACCACCCUUGAGGGUAGCUAUUGAUAGAGGAGGUGCUUAG